UCAUGGUGGGGUGGCUCUUCGAAGAAGGAGGAGCGGCGACAAUGGCUGAGGCGUCAGAGUGAGCAGAACCUGCUGGUCCUCUCCGCCUCCUCCUUGCAGCUCUCCCCGUGCUGUGGUGCCUUCCUCCGCUCUCGCUGGGCCUGUUGCGAGGCUGCGCUGCAGGUGUGAACCAUUAGAGCGAUGACGAGGUUUCAGCGGGAGGGUUUGCUGGUGUUGUCAGCGGUUCUCCUUGUGCUUGCUUCAAGCUUGUACUGGAAGAAACCUGCUGCCUCCAUCUUGUUGCAGGAGAACGGGGAUGUGGAUUCAUCAGAGCUGAAGGAGCUCGAAGCGCAGCGUCGUGACAUCAAGUCGAAGAUCCGGCAAGAAGAACAUGGAGGCUCGGAGCAGGGACAGUCUCAGUUGAAGAGCGAUCCCAUACAGAAAUGCGGCAAGCUGUGUCGAACAAGGCAGAUGAUUCUGAGCGCUCGUAAAGCCAUCGACCAGCAGGCGGAGGUUGAGCUGCGGCAGCUCAGCUGCAACUGCCACUCUCAUGCAGCACUGCAUCAUCCUCACUGCAGCUCCAAAUGUGCGACGGUCUCUCGGCCCGUCGUGGCGCAAGCAUGGACGCCUGGAAUGGUCGUCGGGGCGAGUUUCCCGCAGCAGCACUAUCGCACAAUCUCGAACGGGCAGGGCGCAGGAAAUCCGACGACGGUGGUCACUCCCACACAGACGGUGAUACAGCCGAUGCAGCCGAUCGUGAGGACGUCUGAGAUCUACCCCGUGCACAGGGAGGUCGUGCACCCGACCGUGACCCAGAUCAUUGUCGAGCCCCCUCAGGUGCAAACCUACAUCCACCAGCCGCCGGGCAUCCGGAGGGACAUCCACCUGAAACCACGGGUCGAGACCAUCAUCCAUCCUGCGAGGAUCUACAGGCAGCACGUCUCUCCCAUCAUCGAGCAGUACGUCCAACCCCACCUCUACGUCAACGUCACUGGAACCGCCAGUCACUCCAGCCAGGCCGCCGCCGGCCCUCCGGGAGCUCCAGGAGAGAACGGGUGGGACGGGCUCCCUGGUCCCCCUGGCCCACCUGGUACGGAUGGGGAGCCAGGGGUAGCAGGACCGCCUGGAGAGAAGGGAGAAGCCGGAGAAGCCGGUCCUCAGGGUCCGCAGGGCCCUGUGGGGCCCAUGGGCCCCAUGGGCCCGAUAGGACCGCAGGGGUUCCAGGGGUUUCCGGGGAUGCCGGCCCGGCCUAGAGGGCCUCCGGUGAUCGUGAAGUUGCCGGCCCACAUGCAGAUGGAGGUCUCAGUUCAGAUGCCGGAGCAGCAGGCUCAGGCUCCUCCUGCUCCUCAGGCUCCGUCCUGCGACUGCGGGUGCGGUGAGGCAGAGCCGUGCAGCCAGGGGAUCAUCAACUUGAAGCAGAAAUGUGACUGCAAGGGGGAGCAGCAGCAGCAGCAGCAGCAGCAGCAGCAGGACCAGAAGUUCGUGUCUGUCCAGGACCUUAAGGAAGCGGUGCACCAGAUCGUUGAGGAGGAGCAGCAGCUUGCAGGAGCGUCCGCCGCUCCCAAGGCGGUGAAAACCAUGAAGCGCUACCCUUCCUGCAGCGACAACCCGACAUGGCGAGGGCCCUACGGAGACUCUUGCGAGGCGUACAGGGUCGGGGGGGACAGGAACUUCUGGUGCGAGUGGGAUGGGGCUGCCAACUUUGACGCAUGCCCACACUCGUGCCAGACUUGCGGGAGUGAAGGGGAGGACUUCAAGUCUCAGGCCCACGGGGGACUCAAGGUGGGAGAGAAGAAGCAGAUGCUUGCUCAGGAGUCUCCCAACAGCCCGAUGGAGAGGAGGGUGUCGAGGAAACAGCUGGCGAAGAACGUCGCGCUGCUGAAGCAGAGGCUUAUCAACAUUGCCAAGGCUACCGGGUACGAGCUGGAGCAGAAAGAGAGGGAAGGGAAAAAGAACGGCUCGUCCUUCAGCUCCUCCAGAGCGUCCCGGGACAUGCACAGGGAGUCGUCAAACUCGCAGCUGGUGGCCAAGAGUCGGACGUUCUCCACCCCGACCGAGGAGAAGGAGGAGGAGAAGCAGCGAGAGCGGGACAGGAAGGAGGACUCAAAGCUCAACGACCGCACCAGGAAGUACAUCGCCAACCUGCAGAAGGCGUACGGGGCCCCAGCAGCGGACGAGGUGAGGCGGGCUGUGAGGAGCGGGCAGAAGGCUCUCAGCUCGAGGAGAUACGGGAGGGAGUCGGGCCGUCCAGCUAGCCAGCAGCUGAAGAAGUUAACGGGCGCAGAGGCUUCUCAGGAGAUGUCAAACUACUGGAAGAACCUCCCGGUCGAAGCCGUUCACAUCCAACCCGUCGCAGCUGGAGGAGCAGGAGGGGCGUCUCCUCCGGCUCAGGCGAACCAGCGGCAGCAUGAGCAGGCGAAGGCUGGUCCUCCUCCUAGCCAGUCUCACCCCCAGCUCAAGGUGCAGAAAGAAAAUCCCCCGAGCAUCGCGCUGGAGCAUGACGUGGGGCUGCCUCCUGGGUGGCACAAGGGAUACGAUUCUCUGCAUCGGGUCUACUACUACAACUCGUACCUCGGCGAGUCCUCCUGGACACCUCCGCCAGGGUCGAAGAUCAUCAGACAAGGCGGCAAAGCCCGAGAGAGAGAAACGUCAAAAUGGCGACUACACAGCAAGGGAAGCGAGCAGAACCUCGCGCGGUUCUUCCUGGAGUGGCGACUGAACUCCCUCAAGGAGAAAUCCACGACUCUAGCUCUGUGGGCUGUCGAUCAGGGAAACCGCAAGGCCUACGAGGUUGAGCGCUCGCUCCUGGCGGAGAACUCGUGGGCUACAAAGAGUGUCAUAUGGGAGGGAUACCACGCAAGCCCGCUACUCGGGGUCACUCAGUCCACUUGGUUCUGGGCGCAAAGCUCUGAGGAGAACGGGAAAGGUCGAGCGGCCAUGAUGGAGGCUUUGCUUGCUGCCGGGAAGAAGAUCGAAUUUCUGAACUUCCAGCUGGAGUCUGCGCGCCACCAGCUCAUCGAGUGGCAAGGUCUCGCCGACUUCCACAACGUGGACGGCUCCUGGAUCUCGCUGAAGCUGCGCGAGGUGGAGAGAGAGCUCAAGGUGGCGAGGCUGCUGGAGGACAUGAGGGCUGCCGGGAGCAUGGUCAAGACCAGCGACUCCUUCCAGUCCGCAGUGGAGCAGGUGGAGGGAGAGGUCAGAGUGAACCCGAAGCUGCUGGAGGAGUGGAUCAAGAGGCCCCAGAGGAGCAUGCUCGAUGCCAACGAGGAGCAGAAGCAGAAGUUCCUGGAUGUGUGCGCAUCGUUAGGUGUUGACCAAGACCGGCUCAAAGAUUUUGUCUGCCAGCUCGAAAUUCUCCUCCUCCAGUCCUUCUGCGACCUGGAGCUCAGCGCGAAGGCGCAGGAGGAGGCCAAGAAGGAGCUCUAUGCCAUCCGCGCCGAGCUGCAGUCGCUUCCUACCCCCCGCCGCGAUCCUCCUGAGCCAGCUCCGUCGUCUUCGACCUCCCUGGUUCCUGUGAAGCAGCAGGAGCAGGAGACGGCGAGGCUCGACCUCUGGUGUGCCGAGCUCGCUGCCCUCCCCCUCGUCGACUCCUCGUCUGAGGGAGGAGAAGAGGCGUGCGCAAGCCCGAUCCAUGCUGGUCCUCGCCACCUGACCCAGGGGGAAGAGGAGGACGUCGGCGGGGAGAAGCCAGGGAGGAGGGGAGGGGAGGAGAAGGAGGAGGUCGAAGCCCUUAAGGCUGAGAUCCUCCGGCUCCGAGAGCAGUUGACGCACUGCCAGGUGCAGCUGCAGCUCUUCCCUCCCUCCCUCUCACCCUUCCCUUUCCUUCUCUCCCUCCGUCAACCUUAUCUUUCUCCUCAUCGCUGA